AAAAUUGCACCUUCUAUUUUGACAUGUGAUUUUUCUAUAUUCUAUGAGGAAUGUGAUAAGUUAUUGAAGAUGGGAGUGGAUUGGUUACAUCUGGAUGUAAUGGAUGGACACUUCGUUCCCAAUCUCACUUUCGGACCUCCCAUCAUAAAAUGUUUAACUCGCAGAUUGUAAAAUAGGACAUUCAUUGAUUUGCAUUGCAUGAUAUAGGAACCUAGAAAAUGGAUAAAGGAUCUGUCAAAUGCAGGUGGUCAUUAGAUGACUGUGCAUUAUGAAUCAGACAUUGGCAACAUUGAAGAAUUAUCAUAAAUGAUUAAGAGUGCAGGCAUGAGACCAGCAUUAGCUUUGAAGCCCAAAACACUCAUUGAUCACACCUUAAUAGAAAUAUUUGAUAAAUAAUUAUUUGAUAUGAUCCUGAUUAUGACAGUUGGUAUAAAAUCACCUAAUCAAAGAACCUGGAUUUGGGGGAUAGAAAUUCAUGACUGAUAUGUUGCCCAAAGUAACUCAACUUAGACAAAGAUAUCCUAAAAUUGAUAUCCAAGUUGAUGGUGGUGUGAAUUGCGAUAAUGUCAUUAGUUGCUAUGAGGCAGGAGCCAAUGUAAUAGUGUCUGGCAGUGGAAGUACAUCCCAUAAAUAUUAUAAAUAGUUGUCAAUGCCAAAGACCCACAGCAAUCUAUUAAUUAUAUGAAAGAGUGUGGAUGCUAACAUUUCAAAUGGUGAA